GGGCGAGAGCGGUGGAGAGACUUGAAAUUUGCAUUUUUGGGAGAGGGUAGGGUUGUUUUGGAUGGAGACAGCCGGGGGAUAACUGCAACUUCGAUAGUGGAGGGGGCUACCUGUGACGGGCGUGCUUAACUACCCGCCACCGCAAUAUGCUGUCAAUAGUGGCCCUCGUGAAAGGUCAACUUAGGAUGGUCAGUAGAGCCAGCCCGCCACUGCAAAAGCACGUAUCUGUGGCGGGUGCUCGUGCUCGCCCGCCACAGGUGAGUUAUACAAAAAAAAUUACGAAGGGACCGUAUGUGUGGCGGGCAUCCAAAAGCACCCGCAACUGCUUCUGCACAACUUGUGGCGGACGCACCAUGGCACCCGCCAUAGCUAACUUUUCCAAAGUAACUGUUGUGGGUGCCCUGCCCUGCCCGCCGCUAAUAUGUGAUCACCUAUAAGCCCUUUCCCAUUAGUGUCUUCAUCGUAAUGGAAACACAACACCCCAGGGGAAGCGAAAGAAGUUCAUGUGGCUGACUUUGCGCCUUUUGCACCCGGAGGAGUCUGGUGGUGAGGCUUGAAUGGUUUCUUCCUCAGGCUUCUGAGGACCUUUCCAGUUGUUCUUCCUCUUGGAAGAAUCGACGUGAAAAGCUUCAUCCUUGGCUUGCUUCAUAAUUCUCUCCUCUUCCUGGACAACCUUUAAUUUGCCGUUAUCUCUGCAAGUGUCCAUUUUUUAAGAGAACUUUAGUUGAUCGUAAACUGAUCAAACUGGCCAGGGAACUUUACUUAAUUCACACUUGAAAGCUUUGAGCUUUGAAGAGGCAUUCACCUUCCUCGGAAUAUGCCCUCUCACAUUCCCAUCCAUAUUAUAUUUCUCAAUAAGCUUCGCAAAAAGUUUAGAAUGGAGAAUCUUUCUGAAAACAACUUUGGAAAUGCAAACAUUUUUCGAAUGCAUGAACAAUUUUUUAGAACAUUUUGGUGAAAAGUUUGAACAUAUUUUUCAAAAUGCGAACAAUUUUUUAAACUUGGAACAUUUUUUAAAUGCAAUUUUUUUGAAUAUUUCUAUAUAUUUAUAAAAUUUCAAAAAUGAAAAGCGAAGGAAAGGGAAAAAAAGAACAGAAAAACUAAAAAAGAUGAAAAUAAAACUUGAAAAAAAAACAGAAAAGGAAAACAAUGAAAAUAUAGAGAAGACAGCUUGUAAGAAGAGUGCGUGGGCUGGGAGUGUAAGGAAUGUGGUCCUUAGUGGGCUGACAUUGUUAUGGCAUCUGGGCCGUGGGCCAGUUCGAGCAGACAGCUUGUAAGAAGCGUGCGUGGGAAGACGACCUGGAAAGCUGGAACGCAAAGUCAUGGUGUACACACGACGAGUCAGCGAUUGGAAUGAUCCAUUUCUACGCGUAUUUGUGAUGGAAUCCCAAUUUGCUUCCUUAACCCCACUUCCACUCCCACUUGCUCUCUUCCCUUCCCUUCCCUUCCCUUCCCUUGUGUAUCGAUCGGACACUCCGGCGCCGGCAGCGCCUCGUUCGCGCGCGUCCUCUCCUCUUCGUCGGAACAGCGACGGUAGGGGUGCGCAGCGUCGUCAGCUGAGGUACUCAACCUCUUCUUUAUCUUUUUAUUACUAAUAAAGUGCACUGCACAAAAUGGGUCUUGGGAUUCAACACGCUAGGGUUUAGGAUUUGGGGAUUUCUUCUCCGACUGGGAAUUUUGCAAAAUUAGGAUUAUCAGGGUUUGCAGGGAUCGAUUAACCCCUCUUAUUUUGCUUAUCCUAACAACCUUAUCCGUCUCCUCUGUUUGUCUCUCUGCAAAGGGGGAAUUUCCACGGUGAUUUUGUAGACCGGCCGAUCGAUCAAUCGGUUGCACUCGUGCGGAGGAAGAGAUGGCCGAUCCGUUCAGCCUCUUUAAGGAGUUCCUGGGGUUUGGGUUCAAGAUCAAGGGUGCGCUGGACAAGGCCAAACACAACGUGGAGGAGUGCCGCAAGAUCGACAACCUCCUGCUCAUCCUGAGGGCCAUCGCCAAGAACCUGCAGGGUUCGCCCAAGAUCAUGGAGGACCACUUGAUGAGGGACACGGCCAAGGGCCUAGAGAAGGCCCUGCAGCGCGCGUCCGAGUUUGUCGCCGAGUGCAAGCGCAAGGGGGUCCUGCGCCGUGCUUUCAACGCCACCGACAUCGCCGAGAAGCUGGGCGGGGUCUGCCUCGAUGUGCUGCUCAACAUGAACGCCCUACUGCUUGCCAACGGUGCCUUGAACAACUCGGAGCUGGCCGAGCUUAAGGAAAUUGUGGCUCAGCUCCGCGCCGACGGUGCCUUGAACAACUUGCUGUUGACCAAGAUUCUGCAGAUUCUUGCUGAUUUGCCACAAGAGGUGGAAAAAUUGGUGAAGGACAACCAGAUAAGUUCUAAAAUUAAAGACAAAAGGGAGACAAAGAAAACAGCUGUAGCUAGUUCCCAAAACAAAAACAAAGGGGAGGCAAAGGAAACAGAUGUUGCCAGGCCGAAAGGGAAGAUUCAGAAAAACAAGAAACUAGGGGGUAGCACGGUGGUGCCAGAUACUUCCUUACCAGAUGGCUUAGAUGAGUCCGCUUCAGCGGCCAGGGUGGUUGGACAAGGCUCUAGUACUGGUAUUAUCAAUAAGGCAAGGAGCUCUAUCUCCAAGUCGGUGGACAAGGCACAGUCAGUGGGAGUUUCUGCAGCACCAUUCCAUCCGCAGAAAAUAAUCAGCAUAUCCAAGGAACCCGGAGAGACAGGCGGAUAUAAGAUAGACACCUGUUCCUCUGAGACUAGCAAGCUUCUUGAGGUCUACCCGCAGCGGCUUCUCUUCCCCAAGGAGCCAAAAAACAAGGAAACUACUGGAUCUGGAUGCCCAGUGACCCUAACCAACAGGACAAACCGUUACGUUUGCAUCUGGAUUAAACCAAUAAAUGGGCAAUUUACAAAACCAGAGAUAAUGAAGCCCCAUUCGACUUUGGUUGUGUAUGCGACAAUGAAUAUGCAUGCACAACCUCCCAAAGACACGGUCAAGUUUGAGGUGCUCAUGAUUAUCGUAGAGUCGAAGCAAGACUACGGAAAAUUGGAGUCAUCCAUUUCUGGCAAGCUGAAAAUGGACAGUGGCUUUAUGGAGCAUGUUAAGAAGCUUAAGGCAGAGGUGUAUCGGGCAAUGCUGACACCUAUCACUUGUGAUCUCGCAAGCUGCCAGAUCAUAUCAAGAUCAAUAAAGAGAAUGACCCUGGUGACAUCCAUUGAUGCGCACCCCACUAAGCCAUGGAUUGUGACGGGUCAUGAGGGAGGGGAUUUUUCCAUUUGGGACUACCAGAAGCAGGAAACUGUGAUGAAGUUGCAGGUCAAUGAGGUGCCAGACAAGGGUGCAUGGCAGCGACCUGCCUUUUUUCAACUCAUCAAAGAGAGGUCUGUCCAACAUUCGGUUUUUUCAGUCAAAUUUACCGCCGAAGGGAAACGGUUGGUAGUGGGGGAUGGUCGCGGAUACAUCUAUGUCUAUGAUUCCACCAACACUAAGCUGCAGGAGGUCAAGAAAAUCAGAGCUUAUGAUAAGAAAUCUGUGAACUCUCUGGCUGCACACCCAGCAAAGCCAUACCUUCUUUCAUCGUCUGCUUUUAGUAGAAAUAUCAAGCUUUGGGACUGGAGUGAGAACUGGAAAGUUCAAAAUUUCGACGUGAAACCUGAGAAUACAUAUUAUGAUGGUGUGCACAGUGUCAAGUUUAAUCCAAGGGACACCAACACUUUUGCUUGUGUUACCGAUGAGGACAGAGUAAAGGUCUGGAACAUCAAAACUUCCAGUCUUGAAACCACACUGAAGGGGCCAUUCGUCAUGGCUGAUUAUUUCUUCACUCGCGGUCAUCAGCACUUGAUGGUUACUUUGAGAUUUGACUCACACAACUCUGAGAUAUGGGAUUUGAAGACACAAGAAGUUGUUCACACUCUUAGCGUGAGUGGGCGCAAAAUGACCUGGGUUGCUUGCCACCCAAAGCUUCCAAUACUGGUUACAAUGUUAGAUGAUGGGACUGUAUGUUUGUGGGAUGCCAGUACCUACAGGCUUGAGAAAAUGGUUCACAUUACCAACAGCAAGUGUCGUGAUUUGGUAUUUGUCCAAGACACAAAUGGCCGACCCAGGCUCGCUAUCGCAUUUAAGACAAGGAUAGCAAUCAUGCAAGUUAAUUUGCCAAUUGCAAAUACAAGCAAUGCAAGUGGAUGAAUAACGGGAGCUAACUAGGAACAACCUCCCUGGGGGGCAAGGCAACGGAGGCCAUCACGGAGAUUGGGAUAAUGUAUUUAUGUAUUUGGGGAAUUGAUAUUUCCUCCUGUAAUUAAUCUUGUAAAAAUACUGUUGUGGAUAAGGAUACUUUUGUGAGCAUUGUGAUAUUUUUAUUAUAUUUUUUCUGAAUUUUAUUAUAUUUAUUA